AUGGCAGACGGGCACGCGCUCGCCAUGCACGCUCUGGACCCCGAGCGUCGCAAGCGUGUCACGCCUGCGCAUCAGCCAAGGCCAAGUGCGACAAUAGACCGCAGUGUGAACGUUGUAUUCGAAAGGCAAUACCCUGCAUUCGCAAUCAUCCAAUCUCAGGAGAUGACCACGACUCAGAACUUGGACUGCAAGACAGCAGAACAGACCCCUCCUGGCAUCAGCCUGCUCCGCUUUCAGGGACCCGGAAUCAGCCCGAAUCAGCGUCUUCAGCACUGA